GGGAAAUUCCCGGAAGUGUACCGCGCGGAUUUGGAAGUUCACAAUAUUUGUUCUCUUUAGUUAAUGAGAGAGGCCUUUAAACUCCGUCUCUAUUACAUUUGGAUCUGACCCGAGCCGUCUGGCAUCAGUCACGAUGUCUUGCAUGAUGUGCAUGGACUUCGUAUCAGACCUUAUUAUUAGCUUGGAUUGAGAUUCUAGUCUGAUCUGUUUCUUAACAUAGACAUUGCUGGACGACAGUACACUGCACACUGCAGAACUAUACAGCAGGGUACAGUCCCGUAUAUUGGCUGCUGUGCAUGUGGCUGCUACAUAGUACAUGCAGAUCGAGGACAAAUCGAUUAGACGCAAUUCCCGUCACUGCACAGCUACGUAAAACUCAACCACGAUGGAUAAUCAGGCCGUGAAAAAUCUUGGGUUAAAAAUAGGAAUAUCCUCUGCAAAAAUAUUGAGGAGAGCCCAGGAACUGAACAGACUGAUUCAAUUACGCUGCACGUCCUUCACACUGAGUGGUUCUUGUCAGGCAGUCAUGUGCUUUGAAUUGGCAGCUGCCGAACAUAAACAUCCCAUCAACAAGGAAUCGGCCGUCCAGCUGUCUGGCGUUAACAAGAAAGUCUACGCAAAUUCCUUCAAGACAUUACAGACCCUCCUGGGCCUGAACCCCACCGUGACAAUCAGAGAUCUAGCCGUUCAGUUUGGAUGUGUAGGAGUAGUGGAACAUGCAAACCUGGUCCUUCAGAGCUAUCGCAAGGAGUUUGAAGAGAAGGCAUCAGAAGCUUCAAUAGAUGGUGUUGAUUUCAGCAAACCUCUAUUCAGUGGGGCUGCUCUAUACACCAUAUGCAAGCGCCAAAAGAUUAAAGUGGACAAGACAAAGCUUGUUGAAAUGACGGGUGUGAGAAGAGGUACUUUUGACAAGCUGUGUGCAGAGAUGGAAAAGCACGCCACUCAGAUAUUCGGUGAAAAGAAGUCUAAACAAUCUAAAAGACAUAAUUCAUGGAUGGAUGACUUAGAGAGAUCUUUUGAAGAUGGUGUAAGUCCACCGAAGCAAUCUAAAAGCAGCCAGGAUAGCAACAGUUCCAAGCAGGAUGAUUACGAAGAGUGGAAGAGGAGGAUUCUAGAAGGUGCCCCUGACACAGACAAGUGAAACGCUCCUCGCAAUGAAGAGGAUCAGGGGGGUGUUUCACAAAACUUGUCAUCAGUGACAAGUGACAGAUUUUGUUAUACGCUACUGAUAUCCUUGCUUCUGAUUGGUUAUCAGCAGUUAGUCAUUUGUCAUUGAAAAAGGGUUUUGUGAAACAAGUCCCAGGUUUCAAGAUUCUCUGAGACAUUGCUCUCAAGACAAUUGCUCCGCGGUCAAUUUCCUGCACAAGUGAAUUCUGAAAAGCAGUCUUUGACCAACAAUCUACCAAACUCUAACCCUAAACCUGACCUAAAUCUCCAGUUGCAAUAUUUUUGAUGAAGCAAGCCCACAGCGAUUGUCAACCCUAGAUACUUGUUUCUAUAUAAAAAUAAGGAAAUAGUUCUCUUUGUUCAUUCAUUAUCUAAAAUGAAAUAUCCUUGUGGCCGGUGGGCUACAUUGCAGAUUUUUCAUACAAAGAAUAUCAAAACAACAGUGAUAUAACAAAA